UUGUACGUUCUCACUUCUCAUCACCCACGCCCAUCUGUGCAGAUGUGCAAGCAAAAUUCUUUGGAAUUCAAAGGCUGAUUAAGUCCGUCUUUCUGUUAGUAUUACACUGAAACUUCAUAAGUAUGCCGUUUUCACGCCAGCGGUGUGGUCGUUAUGGGAAUUAUGGCUGAAGAAGAAUCAGUUAAAUUCAUUUCAAAGAGUCCAUGGUUAGCGGAGAACAGAAGGCAGAGAUUUCUCGGUAUAUGGCGCUACGUCACUAUAGGUAGCAAUUUUUUGUCGAGUGGCACAUUGAGCGCGGGAUUAUUUAUCGUGCUGCAGGUGCGACAGUUCUACAACAUCGCUCACUCGUUGGCGGCGCAAAGCGACAACACACAGGACAUACACGUACAUUUCUUGGAUAAAUGGAGCGCUAUUGGGAUUGGGCUGAUUGUUGCAGCGCUCGUUAGCAUCUUCUUCGGAAUCGUCAGUCUGAUGGCUCACAAAAACGCGUGGACGAAAAGACAUCCAAAAACCUGCACGACGCUAGCUGUCAUCAUAACAGUCGGCGUACUAGUGGCCGAAGUAGCAUCCGCAAUUUUACUGCAGCAGAGGAUUGGUGAUAAGCAGCCAUCGGAAGAAAUUGCCGCGUUGAAGGAGCAAUACGCAUACCUUCCCACACAACUGACAACAAACGGUGCGGUGGUUAUUGCACCUUCACAAUUCAAUGCCACAAGCGACCCCACGCCACCAGAAGCGCUGCAAAAAACCAUCGUUUUAAAUGCGCUCCAAAUGAUGUUGCAUUGCUGCGGUACUGAAGCCGACUACGAAGACUUCCAUGAUGGGUUGUACCAUAAUCAAUCCUUCCCGUUGUUCUCGGCCCCGGUCUUUUGCUGUCAUUUUAAGGAUCCCAUCAGCAGAACGCUGACGGACCGGAGCUGCUAUUUUGAUACAUACCGCCAGUCGCAGACGUUUCAACGCGGUUGCGUGGAUGCUGUCAAGGAGUACCGGCACAGCACCUUUCCCAUUAUGUUAACAGUGAUAUUUGGCUCAAUAGUUCUCAAGGUCAUUGUGCACAUUGUUGAUCGGGCUAUGGUGUGGUCGUUACCCUGCAAGAUAGUUCGGUCGCGCCGUAAUCCAUCAAUCGUCAAAAUAGGCGUAACUGACCGAACCGCAAACAGAGAAUCAAAUGAAUUAGACGUUUUAAACUCGGAAAACGAGGAUUGUUUUCGAAGAUGGCAUCAAGUCAUAAAGCAUGAUGGGGAACAGCACCUGGGAAGUUCUUGUAGUUAUGAGAAGGAUGCCAUAAUUGGUCAAGGUCGUUAUGGCAGGGUAUACAAAGCCCGUAUUAUGUCUCGUGGCGACUUUACCGGUCCCCCCGUUGUGGCUGUUAAAGAACUUAUCGUGCAACGACAAGCCGAUACGUUAUCACUGACGAACGAAGCAUAUGCUCAAAAAUGGGAGGAGCUGCUACGACUGCGCCAUGAAAAUGUAAUGGCCUACCAUAAGGUCAGCUUUUUUACAUCGGGUACUGCCAUGCGGAUAGAUUUGCUGAUGGACCUCAUGCAAGGUGGGGAUUUGGCCCGUUAUAUAUCCGACCGCAAUGCAGCACCAGGAACAAUGUUCUUAAUCACCGCCGUCGAAUUUGCACGGCAGAUUUCCGGUGGCCUAUCGUAUCUGCACACCAACAACAUUAUCCACGGCGACCUGAAGCCAGCCAAUGUGCUCCUGAGGGCGCAGUCGGACCGGUGCACGCUAUUCAUUGGGGAUUUGGAUGAGCGGAUCGUAAUGCAAAGCAAUCUGACAUGUUCGGUCGAUGUUACACACUCGUGCGGAACCGCCCGUUACAUGUCGCCCGAAAUGAUAAAAAAGUUUGCUGUCGGGCAGACGGACCUGAAAAUUGGUCGGAAGACGGAUGUUUGGAGCCUGGGUUGCAUUAUGAUAGACCUCGUAGACUGCUGCUCGGGAAUGGGAGAAAAAUGGCUAUGGAACAAAGAAACAGCAGACGAGUUCCAGAUCAUGAACGCUGUGAUGGACAACGUAAUUUUUAUGAAAUUAUUGGAAGGCUAUGUGCCGUUAUUGCGUUGCCCGAUCAUCCCGGACGAUUACGGAAUUACCUGUCUCAUUGACCGCGCACUCUCUAAUGACAGUCAGAAUCGCAUAUCGUCCCACGAUCUUUUCGACAAACUGGACGCAAUGUACUUACACAUGUGCAGAAAGACGACACUAAAACAGUAAUGUGUACGCCAGUGGUAACACUAUAAUAAAUGUGAACAAGCGACCUGGUACUGUAGUGCACAAUCGCACAGGUGCAAUACCAUUCCGGCAAAUGUAUUAGUAACCAUCACAUUUUGAAAGAUCUUUACUGUAGCUUCUGCAGACACAUACAGAGUAUGGCAUGAUGUAAGUCCGUCUACAGCAUUGGCACGGUUUCGGUGUAUUAUGAGUGAAGACGGUAUCCGUCAUAAACGAACUCUCGUGACUCGUGAGACGUGUAUUAAUCAUCGAUAUUUUCAUUUACUAAUAAUUCUUGCCAUGUAUUGGGUGCUCAUGUGUGUGUAACUAUG